AUGGUGGCUCAGAAAAUUACUUGGGAAUCUAUUCAAGGUAAAGAACACCCUACCCUGUCUCCUGCAUUCGUUAGCAAUGGUCAUGUCUUUACUUCGGGUGUUAUUGGAACCAAUUAUGCAACCGGAGAGACUCCUGAGAAGGUAGAAGAUCAAGUUCAUUUGGCCAUCCAAAACCUGGAAAAAGUCCUCGAAGCAGCUGGCUCUUCUCUAAACAACGUGUUUAAGGUAACAAUGUUUAUCUCGCAUGCGGAAUACUCCAAAGUAGUGAACGAGAUAUAUGGUCAAUACUUUCCAAAUAAACCCGCACGCAGUUGUGUUGUUGUUGCUUUCAUGGAUGCUGCCAUAAAGUACGAAUUGGAGGCCAUUGCAACUCUUUCAUAA